AUGUCUAAUAAUCAUCAAUUUAGAAAUUUUGUGGAUGCAUGGAAAGUGCGUCCGAUUCAUGGUUUUGAGAAAUAUCUAUUUUCUAAUAAUGAAAUAUCUUUAAAUAAUGCAAUUUCACCUAUUAGAUCGAAUCGAAAACAUUAUGUUGAUCCAGCUCGAUUUAUUUAUCCACGCGAUGCAAUGGGUAAUUUGCUUACUCCACUAGGCAAACGAACUUCGCACACGUCGAUACCUCUUUAUUUACCUAAAUAUGAUUUUAUUAAAAUUCGUUCACCAAUAUGGACUAUCAAAAAUGUACAUCAUUCGAAAGAAAAUAUUCAUCGUGUCGGUCCAAUGACUUAUAAUAGUGUUAAUGAUAAAUCACAAUUGCCGUGCAAAUUUGGUUGGACACAAAUAGGCCGAAAAACAUAUAACAGCCAUUCACGACUCAUACUUCCAUUUUAUGAUACAAGAAAAUAUAAACAAGUUGGUAAUCCAUAUUCAAAACAUACUGUUAUCCUCGGGCGAGGAACAGAUAUUAAAAGAAAAAGGUCAGCCAUUAUAAAACAGCUAUAA